UCUCUCUCCUGUCUUCUCCUUGUCCGCUUAUAUAUCCGACUCUGCAACCUCCUCUGGGGGAAAGAGUAUUAUAUUCCAGCUUCUCAGAUCCUAACGGACAACGGCGAUUCGGCCGUUGCUGCGACUGUAAAUUACGGUUAAGUCCAGGGGAGUGAGCUUCGCAGGGCAAGUCCAUGGAGAAGAAGCAGGGGUUCUUCUCGGCGCUGAGGGAGGAGGUGGUGCGGGGACUGUCGCCGGCGCGGUCGCGAUCUCGGGAGAAGAGCACGGGAAGCGGCCGAUCUCCGGCGGCGGAGGCCCCCGCGCUGUUCGCGCCGCGACGGAGGAAGGGCCACGGGCGCCACCAGUCGCUGUCGCUGCCCCCGGACCAGGCAGCGCUGGUCGCUAGGUCCGUGAGCUUCCGGGAGACGCUCGCGCCACUCAUGGAGGGCCCCGACGGCGGCGGCUCCGGAGACGACGAUGGGGCACCGACGAAGGAAGGGUGGGGCCGCUGGGUGAAGGGCCAGCUCUCCCGGGCCCCGUCCGUCACCUCCUCGUCCGCCGGAGGCGCGUCCUCCUCGUUCCGCCGCUCGGACCUCCGCCUCCUGCUCGGAGUCAUGGGUGCGCCGCUCGCCCCCCUUCAUGUCAGCUGCGUCGACCCUCUGCCUCAUCUCAGCAUCAAGAACACUCCCAUCGAGACCUCGUCGGCUCAGUACAUAUUACAGCAGUACACGGCGGCGUCGGGGGGUCUGAAGCUCCAGAGAUCCAUCCGCAACGCCUACGCCAUGGGGAAGGUGAGAAUGGUGGCGUCGGAGUUUGAGACCGCGACGAAAGUCGUAAAGAACCGUGGCGGUUCGUCGCGCACCGCGGAGUCCGGCGGCUUCGUCCUCUGGCAGAUGACCCCGGACAUGUGGUACGUGGAGCUCGCCGUGGGCGGCAGCAAGGUCCACGCCGGCUCCAAUGGCAAGGUGGUGUGGCGCCACACCCCCUGGCUCGGCGCCCAUGCCGCCAGAGGCCCCGUUCGCCCCCUCCGCCGCGCGCUCCAGGGUCUUGAUCCAUUGACCACGGCAAGCAUGUUUGCCGACGCGCGUUGCAUCGGGGAGAAGAAGGUUAACGGGGAGGAUUGCUUCAUCCUCAAGCUCUGCGCCGACCCGCAGACGCUGAAAGCCCGGAGCGAAGGCCCCGCAGAGAUCAUCCGGCACGUCUUGUUCGGCUGCUUCAGCCAGCGAACCGGCCUCCUCGUCCACAUGGAAGAUUCACACCUGACGAGAAUCCAAGCCACCGCCGGAGGCGAUGCAGUGUACUGGGAGACCACCAUCAACUCCUUCCUCGAUGACUACCGCCCGGUGGAGGGAAUAAUGAUCGCCCAUUCCGGUCGCUCCGAUGUCACCCUCUUCAGGUUCGGUGAGGCGGCAAUGAGCCACACCAAGACGAGGAUGGAGGAGGUGUGGACGAUCGAGGAAGUGGCCUUCAAUGUCCCCGGCCUCUCCAUGGAUUGCUUCAUUCCUCCUGCUGACGUGAGAUGCGUCUCGAUCGGCGAAACCUGUGAGCUUGCUCAAGGAGAAAGAGGGAAGACGACGACCGGGGUUGCGCACCGGGCGAAGGUGGCAGCUGUUGAGAAGCCACAAGACAUGCGUGACCGGAUCGUUUGGAGGCUCCAAGUGUAGGAUUGAAACUGUUUACUGCUGCUUUCUCUUCAUCAUCAUCAUCAUCUUCUUCUUGUGCUGACUAACCAUAGAGUAUAAUUCAUUGAUGGAUUGGGGGGAGAGGCUUUCUUCUUUGAUUCCUCAGUUUAUACUUCACUGUCCUUGUUUCGUCUUGCUGUUCUUUAAUCAAAUACUGUUUUCAGUUCCAA